AUGGCGUUGGCGGUGCUGGCGUGGAGGACCCGGACUGCUGUUACAGCCAUGCUGAGUCCUCCUCAGGCUGCACCUCUUGCUGUCAGAUAUGCCUCCAAGAAGACAGGUGGCAGCUCCAAGAACCUUGGUGGAAAGUCUCCAGGCAAACGCUUUGGCAUCAAGAAAAUGGAGGGUCACUAUGUUCAUGCUGGCAACAUCCUCGCGACUCAGCGCCACUUCCGCUGGCACCCAGGUGCCCAUGUGGGACUGGGAAAGAAGAAAUGUCUGUAUGCGCUGGAGGAGGGGGUAGUCCGCUACACUAAGGAAGUCUACGUGCCCAAUCCCAGCAACUCGGAGGCUGUGGAUCUGGUCACCAGGCUGCCCGAAGGGGCUGUGCUCUACAAGACUUUUGUCCACGUGGUUCCUGCCAAGCCUGAGGGCACCUUCAAACUGGUAGCUAUGCUUUGA